AUGCACACCAUCACAACAGUGGAAACACACACCUGUGGCGAGCCCUUCCGCGUUGUCACAGGAGGACUUCCCAAACUCACGGGCAAAACUCUUCUUGAGAAAAGGAACUGUCUAGAGCGAGAGCAUGACCACAUUAGACUUUCGUUGAUGAGAGAACCAAGAGGCCAUUAUGACAUGUUUGGAGGGUUUCUCUUGGACCCAGUCGAAGAUGGAGAUGCUGCCGCUCUCUUCAUGAACCCCAGUGGCUACACAGACCAGUGUGGCCACGGAAUCAUUGCGAUUGUCACGCUCCUAAUCCAGCUACGCAAGUUACCCGAAAAGCAUUAUAGAUUAAAGCCAGAUCUGAUGUCAGUCAAAUUGGAAACAACCGUUGGCAUACUCCAAACGGAAGCCUGUUGGAACGGCCAAAAAGUUGAGUAUGUCAAGUUCCGCAAUACGCCUGUCUGGAUCCUCAAGGAAAACUUGACAAUCAAUUCCUCUGUGGGCCCCAUUAAAGGAGACAUCGUUUUUAACGGAGCGUUUAAUUUCUUUGCAGAGUUUGACCCAGCCGUUCUGGAAGUGAAGCCUGAGAGUUCCAAUCGCAUUAUCGAACUCGGUGGUGAGAUUAAGGAGAUAAUACAAAAAAUGGGGCUGGAUAUUUCUAGCAAAGAUUUUCCUCAGAUUAAAGGGCUUCACGGAGUCGAUUUUGUCAAUUCAAGACGAAAAGAUCCAACGGAUGAAACAAAACCAAACCAAAAAUCUGUCCUGGUAUUAGGCGACAAACAAAUAGACAGAUCCCCUUGCGGCUCCGGAACAGCUGGGAGAACAGGCUUGCUAUACUUAAAGGGUCGUAUUUCGCCUGAGCACAUUUUCGUGAACGAGUCCAUAAUAGGUUCCACUUUCAAGGCCAAAAUUGUGGGGACCAACAUUAAGGCGAAUUGUAACACCAAAAAGGCAUGUGUCGUUGAAAUUCAAGGUCAAGCACAUCUACUCGGAAGGUCUGAAUGGUGGCUUGAUCCUGAGGAUGAGAUCGGAUAUAGAGGGUUUAUAAUACAUAGAUAA